UUUUCUGCGCUCAAACUUUCGUUUCUCUAGCUUGCAGUCGGAAAUACCUUGAAGUUCUGGAUUGGUGCGUUAAUUCUCCGUGAUUUACAGCUUUCGGGUGUCUGAUGGUUGGUUGAGCAAUAUUAGGGGGCAGAGUUUGGAGGACUUUUGAAGAAAAACAUUGCUUUUGCUUGGGCACCUGAGCAGCAGGGUCAGAAGUCAGGACAGGCAGACACAGGAUCCCAGCAACUAUGGCUUCAGAAUUCAUGGUGAAUGUAAAGGAGGAGGUGACCUGUCCUAUCUGUCUGGACCUCAUGGUGGAACCUGUGAGUGCUGAUUGUGGUCACAGCUUCUGCCGAGCCUGCAUCACAUUGAACUGGGAGUCUAUUAAAGGCAAAGAGGGAGAGUUCACCUGCCCUGUGUGCCGAGUGAGUUACCUGCUUGGGAAUCUGAGGCCUAAUCGACAUGUGGCCAACAUAGUGGAGAGGCUCAAGGGGUUCAAGUCCAGCCCAGAGGAGGAGCAGAAGGUGUUUCAUUGUGCAAGGCAUGGAGAGAAACUCCAGCUCUUCUGUGAGAAGGACAAGGUGGCCAUCUGCUGGCUUUGUGAGCGAUCUCAGGAGCACCGUGGUCACCAAACAGUUCUUAUUGAAGAGGUGGCCCAAGAGUACAAGCGGAAGCUCCAGGCAGCUUUGCAAAAGCUGAUGGCAGACAAGAAAGAAUUGGAGAACUGGAAAGAUGACCUUCAAAAGGAGAGAACUUUCUGGGAGAAUCAAAUACAGAAAGAUGUAGAAAAUGUUCAGAUGGAGUUUAGAAGACUGGGAGACAUCCUGGACUCUGAGGAGAAGAAUGAGGUGCAGAAGCUGAUGCAAGAGAAGGAAGCCAUUAUGAACAGCCUGGCAGAGUCUGAAAAUAAGCAUGCCCAGCAGAACAAGUUGCUAGGAGACCUCAUCUCAGAUGUGGAGCAUCACUUGCAGUGCUCAACCAUGGAAAUGCUGCAGGGUGUGGAUGGCAUCAUAAAAUGGAGUCACAGUUUUUCACUCACGAAGUCCAAAACCAUCCCCAAGGAAGGAAGAAGAGUGUUCAGAGCCCCUGACCUGCGAGGCAUGCUGCAGGUGCUGCAAGAGCUCAUAGAGGCCCAACGCUACUGGGUUCAAGUGACACUGGUUAAGAACAACAAUCCAAACAUUGCCAUUACCGAGGACAAGAGACAAAUAAGAUAUGAAGACCGUCAAACAAGAAAUUUUGCACCUGGGGGUGAGAAUUCUCAUGAAGGUGUUCUGGGCUACCCAGCUAUCCAGUCAGGAAAACAUUAUUGGGAAGUAGAUGUGUCUGGAAAAGGUGCCUGGGUUCUGGGAUUGAGUGAUGGAAGCUACCUCUUCAAUCCAGUAUUUCGUUCAAAUGCUGAAAGAUGCCUAGAUCCCUUAUUUCGCUUGGGUAUUAGUAAUGAUUCACGUUAUCAACCUAAAUAUGGCUUCUGGGUUAUAGGGCUGUGGAACAAGUGCGUGUAUAAUGCCUUUGAGGAGUGUGCUUUCACACACAAGCCCAGCGUCUUGACUCUGUCUCUGAUGGUUCCUCCCUGUCGUGUUGGCAUUUUCCUUGACUAUGCAGCUGGCACCCUCUCGUUUUACAAUAUUUCCCACCAUGGAACUCUUAUCUAUAGAUUCUGUGCAAAUUCCUUUCCUGAUAGGGUUUUCCCAUAUUUUAAUCCUAUGGGAUGUUCAGAGCCAAUGACAGUGUGCUGGUCAGACUCUUAAACCUUCAUCUGUUUCUGUGCAGGGCCUCUGGCUCUGGUGUGUAUCUCAUAUGCCUGAACUCCUGGACACCAUUUUACCCUUUAUUUUAUAUAUAUACCUAUAUAUAUAUUUUUUCUGUCUCUAGUCUUUCUCUGUGAACAUCUUUCACUGGUAAAUAGGAUAUAUUCAUUUCUUUGGGCCAUAUUCUUCAGAUCCUUGGGUUUUUUUGUUUUUGUUUCUUUGGUGAGAAUAGUAAAUCAUUUCCCAUAUGUUCAAGGACAAACAUUUGAGUCCUCACUAUGUAAGAUAACUCUGCUGCCAAAUUCUUCUUUUAUUCUCUAUGCCCAAGAUGGAUCCCAAGUGCUGCACCACUGAGCCACUUCUUCUGUUAUAUCUCUAUAACCCCAUUCUACUCAUCAAUGAAAGAAGAUUAAAGAAAGUUCUGUAACAACUUGUCCAUUCAUUUUGAAAAUUAUAUGUAGGAGUCCAUGGUUAAAAAAUGCACCCUUGCGGGCCAGUAAUGGUACACACCUUUAAUCCCAACACUUGGGAGACAGAGGAUCUCUGUAAGUUCGAGGCCAGCCUGGUCUACAGAGCUUGUUCCAGGACAGCUAAGGCUACACAGUGAAACCCUGUCUUGAAAAACAAAAACAACAAAAAAGAAGUGCACCCUUAGAGUAGGCCGUUUUCACCAUGAUGCUUCUUCAUCAAGGAACUAAGGAGAGAACAUCACAAAUGAUACACACUGAAGUAGAUGGUGUGCUCACUUAGGCAGCAUGUCUACCAAAAGUAGAAUGAUAACAGAAAAUUAAUACGACCCCUGCCCAAAGAUGACACACAAAUUCAUGCUGUUCCUUUUGUCUGUUUGUUUUUGUUAUUUGUUUUUCGAAACAUGGUUUUUCUGUAUAGCUCUGGUUGUCUUGGAACUAUCCUUGUAGAUCAGGCUGGCCUCGAACUCAGAGAGAUCUGCCUGCCUCUGCCUCCCAAGUGCUGGGAUUAAAGCCAUGUGACACCACUGCCUGGCACAUGUUCCAUAUUUUUGAAGAACAUUAAUGUCCUAAAACAGAGAGAGAGACAGACAAACACACACACACACAACACACACACACACACACACACACAGCGAUAGAGAACGACAGAGAGAUUGAGAGAGAGAGAGAGAGUAGACCAUGUGUAUGCAGAGGACUUAAAUUGGAGUCCUGGUUCUAAACAUGCCAGCAGUCCCAGCAUGAAUAACAUACUUAACAGAUGUGCUUAUUCUUUUUUUUUUUUUUUAAAGAUUUAUUUGUUGUGUAUACAAUGUUCUGUCUGCGUGUAUGUCUGCAGGCCAGAAGAGGGCACCAGAUCUCAUUACAGGUGGCUACAGCCACCAUGUGGUUGCUGGGAAUUGAACUCAGGACCUUGGGAAGAGCAGUCAGUGCUCUUAACCUCUGAGCCAUCUCUCCAGCCCCCAUGCUUAUUCGUUUUUAUAUAUAAUUUUGCUGUAAAUACUGCAGGUGCCUCAAGCCAAUGUAAGAAAAUAAAUAUGAAGCUGGCAAUAUAGUUCAGUGGGUAAUAGACCUUAUCCCCAAGCCUGGGCACCUGAAUUUGAUCCCCUGAACCCAUACUCCUACAAUCUGUCUUCUGAAUUCCACACACAUGCUGUGGCAUAUAGAGGCCCAGACACAUACAUAAACACAAAAUAAGCAAAUACAAUUUUCUAAUAAAAAGAAACUCGCUAAGUAUAGAGCAUCCACUGAAGUAUCUCAGUGUUUACUCUGUUAAUUACUGUAAGAUAUACACUGUAUUAUAGUGUCCUAUGAAGCCACGGGCAAAUGGGGAACAAGGAUUGCUUUCCCCAAGUCUUGAUUCCUAGUCCCUAGAUAACUAUUAUCAUGGCCUGAUCACUCUAGGUUUCUCAUAGCUGUUGUAUGCUUUUUUUUUUUUUUUUUUUUUAACACUUAAGGAUAAUUUUUUUGUUGUCAUAUAUUGGUCCUUAUCGAGUACUAAAUUUUGUGAUAUUCAGAUUAUUUUUUAGUAAUAAUGACAAUACUGGCAAAUUUAUCUUUCACUGUAUAGUAAAACAUAAACAACAGAGUAUUACUAGGGACUUGCCUUGUCUCAGCAGUCCAGUAUGGUGUCUUAUUCCAUUUGGGGGGGGGGGGGGAAGGUCCUUAUCACUGUGACUAAAAUAAAUGAUUAUUAAGAUGUGUAUCAGAACUUUGUGUGGUAGCACAUCUGUGCCAUCCCUGCACCUGGGGGAGUUGUGGCAGGAGGAUUGCUAUGCAUUUGAAGGCAGGCUCAUACAGAGUAAGACUCCAUUAAGAAAAUAAAGAAUAUAUAUUGCUUUACUUCAAAAUCACUACUCUACUUUGUUUUAAGAAAUGGAAUAACUAGAUUGUAAAAUCCCAGAAUUUUUUUCUGUUUUCACUAUUUGUAAAUGUUUCUGUUUGUUAAAAAUAAAUAUUCUUAACUUCA